ACGUAGUACGUACUAUGGAAAUUGUUUUUAUUCGUUUUAUUGCCUAUUAGGAUAAUAUAUUAUAAUAAUCAUAAUACCACCUAUGUAAUGUUUUUGAGAAACGUUUUUGCCGUACGGCGAACGUGCGUAACGAGUUCAAACACGUUUAAUCGUCGGGCAUGAACGCUGCGCAAGCCUACCAGCCUAGACGCCCAGUCAUUAGUCAGUUUAUCAGCUAUUUUGUAGUAGAAUAUUAUGUGUGUUGACUGUUGAUGUAUAGUACGACGAGCAACAAUGUAAUAAUAUGUAAUACUUAACGUGACAGCUGCCGUCCAUACCGCUUUUUUUCCUUUUUUGUUUUUACCCCAUACUGUUUGCGUGACAUGAUUGACGUGGUUUAGAAUAAUAAAUAAAAAUACGGUUUAUACUCGUAAUUAUGUUGUCCCAAACGACAAACGCCAUCAAGGAGACCAUACAUUCGGGACAUUUUAUGGUUUCAAGUUUUGAGGCCGAAGCCCAGGACGACGAGUAUCAAGUGGCCGUGCCUGUGUCGGAAGAAAUACUGACGCGGGCUGACAUCAACAAUUCAAAAACUUCAUUAAAUAAUCUUUUCCAAUGCAUGUCCGUCGCUUACAGACACAAACUAACUUCUCCUAAAUGGAAUCGUUUCAAAGGAGUUCGUUUAAGGUGGAAAGACAAAAUUCGGUUAAACAACUUAAUAUGGAGGUGUUGGCAUAUGCAAUUUAUUAAGAAAAGUAAUUACAUGAUCUGUCAGUUUGCAUCACCAGUAGAAAUUGUAGACAUUCAUAAACAACCAGAGGCUGUUGUUUUGGAAGGAAAAUAUUGGAAAAGAAAAUUUAAUGCAGUGACUGCAGAAUACAAAAAAUGGAGAUUAUUUUAUCGAAGUUUACUGCAAAAUGGAUUCAAAGAAAGACAAAAAUUAUUGAAUGAAUUUUUAGAAUGGCAACAAAACAAUUGUGAUAUAAGAAUUGAUGAUGAUUAUAUGAAUUUUAUAAGCGAUACACUUUUUUCAACAGUGACCUCAAAUUCUCGCAUAUUUGAAUUUCCAAAUGCCAGAGAAGACAAAUCGACGACGACUAACAUUGCCGAUUUUAUACAACCGAGUUUAGGACAGCUACAGCCAAAUUUAGAUGAAUUCAUGGAUACCAUAGAACCUUUGCAAGAUCUAUUUAGUCCUCCUAAGUUACCACCGGUACCAGAAGAAUGUCAUAUGUCAACAGAAUCUUCCAACAAUUUAUACAGUCAGCCUUAUGGAAAUGUAAACACUUGUUAUCAGACAAAUCAACAUUCAUUGUCUUUACAUUCAGAACUGAACCAACUUAAAAUGACAAAUAUGCGACAAGAAACUACCGAUUCAUCAUGUCCAUUGCACGCUAAUAGUUAUUCAACUGGAGAAAACUAUCAAUCUAAUUUUCCUACAAUGUUUCAUCAAUCUUCAAAUGGUAGUUACCAAUCCAAUAAUCUCUCAUAUAACAAUAUUCCCACGGGAGCUGCACAACCUCAUCACAACGAAAUGCAGAUACCACCUCCACCGUCUGUAUAUUCGUUUGAAUUCAAUAAUUCCAAUAUUAGCCAUGAACCGGUGUUAAACUCCAAUAGUUAUAAUCAACAUCAAAAUAUAUCUGCAAAUAAUACGUCCGUGAUGAAUUAUGGCAAUGGGUCAUCAAGUAAUGAUUUUAAAAAUAGAACUCCACAAGUACAAACGUAUAACAAGUUCCCUCCAAUUGUGAGAAACACACAAGAUCACUUUGUUACACCAAAAAUCAGACAGAGGCAACGCGGUAGACAAGCUCAGCCAAAGCAAAAAGUUAUGCAAUCGAGUAUAAAUCCUUCAAAUGAUAACAGCCAAAGUGUUCUACUUGCUCAGCUUCUCUCAUCGAACAAUAUGUUUUCAACACCAAGUUCAACUGUAGUUUCUACCAACAUGGCCAAGUUUCGAAAUACAAAUGGAUCUUAUCAAACAUACCAGCAAGUACCACAGGUUCCACAAGUUCCACAGAUCCCAUAUCAAUUAAUACAAAGAAGAGCAAGAACACCUGAUCACGUUUUGACUUCGUACACUGAUCAUCUUGUUUAUCGAAAACCAAGUCCUGUCUUUAUGAAUCAAAGUGACUGUAAUGUAUAUAAUUUAACACCUAAUACUCGUGGACUAAUUGAUGCAGUUGGAACACCAGGUGGUAUUCAUCAACUUCCGCAAAUUCAACCUAGAUUUGAUAUACCACACGGAAACACCCAAGGUUACUCAACCUACAGGCUCCCACAACCUCAAGAGUAUGUCAAUCACUCUGUCUCGGUUAUGGAUAAACCAUCGCCCACGAGCAAUCAACCUUCACCUACAAAUAACUAUAGUCAACCCUUAAAUACUCCAAUUCCUCAAUCUGUAACAUCACCUAUGGCAUGUAGUACAGAUCUCUGUCAAAAAACUCACUCUCCAAAUCAAUCUAAUGAGUCAGUGAAUUUGUCACAAAGGAAUGGUUCGAUGUCAAUGCCAACACAUGUCAUGAUCCCUGGUCCAUCAAGAACUCCAUAUAAGUGUGAACUGCUCAUGAGCUUAAGGCCUAGGUUAAAAUAUGUGCAGGAGCAUAGGAGAGUUUGUCAUAUAAAUGCAGAACAAAAGCGGAGGUGCAACAUUAAGAAUGGAUUUGAUAUGUUGAAUAUGUUAAUACCACAAAUCAAUCAAAAUCCAAACACAAAAAUGAGUAAAGCUGCAAUGUUACAAAAAGGAGCUGAUUACAUACUCCAGCUAAGAUCAGAACGAGCACGGUUAUAUGAAGAGAGGCAAAAUUUGCAACAACAAGUUGAAUCUCUUAAUCUAGCCAUAAGUAAUUGUCAAGCAAUGUUACCUGCUACAGGAGCCCCAUUUUCUAGACAACGAACAACUAAAAUGAAAGAAAUGUUCGAUGAAUAUGUUAAAAAAAGAACUCAAGAGAAUUGGAAAUUUUAUAUUCUGAGUUUAAUUGCAGAACCACUAUUAAAUUCGUUUAACUCUAGUGUGUCUACAUCAAGUUAUGAUGAAAUGUACCGUACAACUCUUCAAUGGGUAGAACAACACUGUACACUGGGUGAUCUCAGACCAAUUGCUUUGAACGCAUUGCGAAAUCUGUGCACUUCCACAGAAAUACUGUCAGAUCCUAGUAAUCUGCCUGAAGAAAUAAAUAACAUCAUUCAAAAAAGUCAAACGAAACAUCAAUCACAAGGAAACCGAAAUUAAAAGUAAAUAAUAUAAUCAUUAAAAUUGUAUGUGCCAUUUUUAUUUCUUUAAUUAUUAUAUAAUUGUUUAUGU